GAAAUACCAUACGAAUUACCUCCAAAUGCCACACAUAUAAACAUGGCUUGCAACUAUUUGAGCCAAAAUAUCCCUCAUUCAUUAUCAAACAUGAAAAAACUAAGACAUCUGUGAGUUACAUUCAUAUUGAUUUGAUUCCAAGCUUGAAAGGGGAGCUGCUUCAAAUUUUCUUAUCACAUUUGAGUAUGAUAUAAUUAUUGAAUUUUGAAAAUGGCAGUGAAAUUAACACUUUUUUGUCUUGCAGGAAUUUAAGCCACAAUUUCUUGUAUGGACCAAUUGGCAAUGUGUUCACUGGCUUAGAUAAUCUCAAGGAAAUACUUGAGAAGCAAGAAAAGGAUGCUAAUUUGGAAAAGAAAAUAAAUGAUCUGUCACCUUGUGGGUACUUCUGAUGCUGUUGCUUCUGCUGAGAAACUUAUCAAUGAAGUCCUUGCUGAGGCUGAAGCCGGGGCUUCUGCCGGUGGUGGUACUAGACGGAUGGCUGCACAAUCUGGGGGUGAUGAAUUUUCGAUGCAAAUCCCAAACAAUAAGGUCGGCCUUAUAAUUGGUAAAGGAGGAGAAACAAUUAAGAGUAUGCAAGCUUCUACUGGAGCACGGAUUCAGAUUACUUUUAAUGUUAAACACCAAUUGCGAAUGGAAGAUCGAAUUUGGAUCCAACUCCAAUCCGGCUCAGAAUUCCGGUGCGGUGGAUUUUCAGAGAAUCGCAGAGUCAUCAUUGCGGUGGUUACGUGGCGAAGUGGUCACGCGAGAGGGAAGUGA